AUGGGAGAGAAACAGCAGCAGACGCUCUGCAAAUUCUGUGCAGGGCUCGACCUACGGGACGCGAUCAAGCGGCUAGCGCUGCCCGACGGGACACAUUCUUCACCAUGGCACAAAAAACUGAGCGCUAUCCACAUCGCGUCGGCUUCGUGUGUGCUUUGCGCGGCUAUCAUGAAAGGGUGGGCACAGAGCCGCAAGCAGGUAGUCGAGGAAAAUGAACGAGACGGAAUGUUCGAUGCCGAGGAUCCGCCACGGGACUUACACAACCCCCUGAUAGAAAUCGGGGCAUAUCUCAAUGUCUCGGUCGUGACGCUCGAGGUCAUAAGGCGGCGCAGGAUAGUCGUCGACGGCGUCUUCCUGAAAGCAACGUGCCGGCCCAAGUCGAGGGCCUCGUACGAAGCGCACGACCCAGUUGAAGCGGAAUUGCGCGUGUUCAAGGAGUCUGGAGAUGGCGAAGGACCCGCAGUCGAUCGGAAUAGCGUCGCCUCCGAGGUAUGGCAGCAGAAUUCCAAUACGACCGCAAUGGGGGCCGAGUCCGCCCUUGUAGCCGACGAGCUCAUGUCUCCGAACCCUCUGUCCCAGAAGAGCCUCGGCAUUGCGAGAAGCUGGAUCAGCAAAUGCCUGAAAAACCACGGAUCGGCCUGCGGCCCCGUGUACCCAGAUGAAGAACCUUCAUGGCGUCAUAUGCCCACCCGCGUGUUGGAGAUCGUCCCGGGCAGCGCCAUGGUAUAUCUAAGAGUCCCCUCGGUGACCCAGCCCGCAGAUUCCCGCUAUGUUGCCCUCAGCCAUUGCUGGGGCCGAGACGGAACACCAUUCACAACAACGCACAAGAACUUGCAAGGCCGCAUGGAGGGUAUUCAAAUCUCAGAACUGCCGCGGACAUUCCGGGACGCAGUAGUCCUUGUGGCCAGUCUGGGACUUCGGUAUGUCUGGAUAGACAGUCUAUGCAUCAUCCAAGAUGAUAUGCGUGAUUGGGAGACCCAGGCCGCAGAGAUGGCCAAUAUUUACCGCAAGGCCUACCUUGUCAUCGGAGCCGCGAAUGGCCCAUCCGACACUAUCGGAUUCCUCGAACCACGGAAAGUUCAAGACCUGGUGCGGUGGGAACAGUCCUCUGCGGAACCUAGCGGUAUUUGUCUGCAGUUGCUACCUGCUAAAGGACGGCGCUGGACGGACCGUGCAGGUCCCGACCCUUUAUCUCUCGAACCGACAAACGCAAGGGCGUGGUGCCUCCAGGAGCGCGAGCUUCCCAUGAGGGCUCUGUCCUAUGGCUCCCAGCAGGCAUUUUGGGAGUGUGAGCGUAUGCGAGCAAGCGAGGACGGCCAUGUGGUGACACAACAGGGCAGCCACUUGAUGCAGCUGUGCCUGACGGGAAACAUAGGAGAUUCUGUAUUUGCUCGGCCACAGAGGGGGACGGGGAGCGAGAGCGACCAAGUCAACUGGGUUGACUGGUACAGGAUGAUCGAGCGCUACAGCACGCGGCAAAUCACUAAGGACACGGAUCGCCUGCCAGCACUUUCAGGCCUCGCCCAGGCUGUCACCCGCAAAAUCGGAGGGGAGUACAUGGCCGGUCUUUGGAAAUCAGGUCUCCUCGAAGGGCUUAUGUGGUAUCGAGCACAGCCUGGAAGUGUCCUGGCGGUGACGCCCGAGUAUGUCGCUCCUUCGUGGUCCUGGGCAUCUGUCGCCGGGUCGAUCAAGUUCCCUAUGUACAGCUGGUACAGCAAAAGGGCUCGGUGGAAGGCCGAGAUGUCAGACUUCGAGUCCCUUGCGCAAUAUAUUAGCCACAUGACAGAGCAGAAGGACUUGGAUCCCUAUGGGCAACUGCGGGGUGGGCACUUGACCGUGAAGGUGCCGCUGCUUGCUGUCACCUCGCUGAGGCCGUGCCAAGCCAACGCUCCUCUUAUUUCGAAUUUGUUUGGCCAGGAACCGAGCCGCCCAGAUGCUAUUGACACUGCUAUCGAGGUGGAGGCUGGAGAGGAGGGCGCGACAAAGAAAGUUUGGAUUGAAGGGGGGUUCGACAGGCCCGCCGAUGGAGAUAUCAAGGUUUACGGCCAAGUCUCUGUCAUCCUGCUCACCCGCCUGCCUUAUGUUUUAGAGGACGGAUUUCUUGAACACUGUUUUGGGCUCAUCGUGGUGAAAGAGGCCGAUGGUCGCUAUCGAAGAGUUGGGUUCGUGGAUGGCUUCCUUCUUGAGCUUACGGGCGAUCCUGAAGCCCCCGACGAACUUGGGAUUAUCGGAUAUCCUCAUGCAUCUGAGCCACAGGUAGAUAAGCGCCCCAACAGCCUGGCCUAUGACCCCCUCAGCCUCGGCAAGGUUGAGGUCACACUCUGUUGA